AUGGGAAACAAUAUUGCUGAGAUGAGAUCUGAUGACGGAAAAGCGCUGCAUGAGGUUUGUACUAGGUUAUGGUUCACGAAAAAUCCGGAGCCACAAUGUACACCUGUACCCGUAUUUGUUCAAGCAAAUCAUCGCCGACUGUUCUUCGGCAACGUGUACAACACCACCGGAUACUAUUUCCUCAACGCCUACGUGUUUGCGGAAUAUUGCAUGUGCAGUUCAGGAAAAUGUUGUGGAGCAAUAGACUUUCGGGAGUAUAUGCUUAAUGCGGAUGCUUAUGUAUAUCGCCCUAUAAGUGAGGCAAACUUGUCAACCUCCGACGGCCCAUCCAUCUUCUCAGCUCUCGAAAGCUACUCAAAAACCAUUACUCCAAAACAGUUCAUGCGAACCGUGAUUAAUGAGAUGGCUACUGCGGAAAGAGAUGAACAGAAUUAUCAUGGAACUGUCACUUAG